UAGUUUAGAUAGGAUUUAAAUGAACAUUAUAUGGUAGUAUUGAUAUCACAUAUCUAAAUAAUGCUAGUGGGUAUAACCUUUUUCUGAUUCCUUUAGACUGUUCAUGCGUGCUGUUGUUUUAUCCUAAACCUAACUAACAGUAACAAUGCCUUGAGGCAAAACUAACUUCAACUCUGCUUGGCUAGUUAAGCUGGACAAUAAUGGUUCAAUUCUUAGUGAUUGGUGUCAGCAAGAUCCAUCAAAUCCCUUUUCUGAAUUCUGCAUCGUAUGUUCCAAGAGGAUAUUAUGUUCUAACAGUGGUGUGCAGCAAAUAUUGAAUCAUGCUGAUGGACAAAACUACACACAAAUGGUAGCAAAGCAUCCAAAUGUAAUUCUCAGAAGUUGCACUUCACGAAACCUGUCCCUGUACCAUCAACUAGUCGCCAAGCAGAAACUCUGUUGGCAUUCAAGGUGGCAUCCUGUGGUCUUUUAUACAGCAUGUAUGAUGUUUUUCUAGUUCUUUUUAGGGCUAUGUUUCCUGACCAAGUGACUGAUGACUUUAGUAUGAGUAAGACCAAAGCGUCUUAUUUGAUAUUGGAUAGUAUUGGACCAUUUCUAAAAAAAACUUUUUUAGUACAUCAAUUUCAGCAAGGCUGCUUAUACUGUUCAGUUUGAUUAAACUGGGAUUUGCCAAGACAAAAACAGUGUGACAUUUUCUUAAGGUUUUGGAAUUUAAAGAAAAAAGACAUAUCUACAAUCUAGUUGCAAUAAUUCAACUCUAAGCUUUAUAGCCCAAUGGGCUGCUUAGAGUUGCAAUGCGCUCUCUCUUGUCCAUGGGUGCAAAAUGUUAUCAACAAUGCAAGGGCUAAGGAACACUGACUUUGUAACCUGUUGAGAGGAAAUGAAACAUAUGCUGAAAUCCAGUUUCUGACAAAUGCUGGACCAUUAUUUAAAACUUUCCAUCAAUCAAAAUCCAGAACCUCUCAUUCAUGUGCUUUACUCUGAAGCUGCAGCUCUGCGGAAAUCAAUCAUGUCAUGCUUCAUAAUGUUUCAUAUUGUAAAAAAUUGUACAGGAAGACUUUUGUUUGACAUUGAUGUCAAAAACAAAGAUCAUUGUGUAGAUGUACAUACACUGAAGGUUGGUAGUGACACUAGGAAAACUUUGUCUUCGUUGACCAUGGAAGUAAAAAAAGGUUUUUAUUUGUCAUGAGAGCUUUCUACCAGACUGUAGUUGCCUACCUACAGAAGAAUUUGCCUACCUACAGAAGAAUUUGAAUCACGAUCUGAUCAGGGGAGCCAAAUGUCUCCACCCAGAGGUACGGGACCAGGACCAUGUACAGAAGCUGUUGACUGUUCUGUGCAAUGCCCUGCCAACAGUGCCUGAUAGGGAUGUUUCUUCCAUCACAGAUGAAUGGAAAGUAUUAAGAGCUAAAGGGAUCUCUAAAACUGAAACUUACGAUGAAAAUGAACACUUAAAAAGAAUAGAUUACUAUUGGAGAUAUGUUCUCAGCAUCAAAAACAAAGCAGGAGGAUUGAAGUAUCCAAACUUGUGUAAAAAUGUGCAAACAACCCUGUGCAUAACCCUUGGGAACGCAGAUGUAGUGAGAAGUUUGUCGAUCAACAAAAAGAUCCUGACUCCUGAACAAGCAUGUCUGUCUGUGGAAUCCUUUAAUGGGCUGAGAAUGAUAAGAUACAUUGUUAGCAUGUAUGGUGUUGUUACUGAUGUUCCAAUAAGUAAAGAACAUUUACAAGUGUUUGGCAAGCCAAAAAAGAAAUAUUCAGAGAGAACUGAAGCUGAAAAGGAAGAUAAAUUAUUGAGAGAUAAACAAGCAAGUUUAGAUAAACAAGCUAAAGAAAGAGAGACAUAACUUGUAAAGAAGCAGCAAGAAAGGAAGAGAAAGUUGAAUGAAAAAGAAAAAGACGUGGAGAUUAAAGAAAAGGGUCUUUCAGAGGAUCUGAAAAGGGAUAAUGAGCUAAUGGAUGAAGCUUAUGGAAUACUUGCAGCAGCUAUUAAAGCAAAUGACUUCAAAGAAUUCAACAUUUCACAGCCCAUGAUUAAAGUAGCAAAACUGAACUGUAAGAAAGCAACUAAGGCUGUAGAAAAGUGCAAAGAGGAAAGAGAUGAAAUUGAAAAAAAUAUGAAUGCUUUAUAUGUAGAUAUUAUUAACACUUGCUAGCUGCUCUGAAUAUGCUUCUGGAGUUUACCCAACUUAAUUUGUGUUUGAAGAAUAUAGUUCUUUUGAUAAUGUGAACCUUAAUGCUUGAGUACAAACUAAUGUAUGUCAUGUGUUAUAAUUGAGUUAGCUGUGUGCUAUGAGAUUAUCUCAAUAAUGCUAAAACAUUUUGAAAAAUAUGUUUCUGUUAUAAUGUUACUAAUACAAUACAAUAAAAAAACAUUUAAGCUGUGAGCAUCAGAUGGCUGCACAUUUUAACUACAGAAGCUUGGCAUGCAACAGCAACUAAGAUACCUACAACAAAUUAGCUUUCGGAAUGGAAAUGAAUUCAACAAGUAUCUUCCUUGUGUGGAUUCUCUGCAGUUUACGACUUUCAAUGGAUCUGGUGCAAUCCGAUGAAAUGCCUGUUGAUUGCACCGUUACCUCACAUCCCGAGAGGCGGAUUAAACUAUAUAUAAGAACCAACAAAACAUUCGAUGCACAAUAUGUCGUCCAAAUGCUAGUUCAGAAGUUAUCACCUGCUUUUAUGGAGUAAAAGACUGCAAACAUUUACCCGAUAAUUAUAGUUCCAAUCGUACGUCGACACAUACUACUCUAAUCAUCCGAAAUGAAACGAACAAUUUCAAUGUGUCAUGCUACAACCCACACAAUACCAGAGCUACACGCACACAUCUAGAGAUCCCAUUUGGCUGUAACACUACAAAAUCAGAUGGUGUUACCGCAGCGACAAAUGUUGAAGGACAAAGUAACAAUUAUAAGGAUGGAAUUAUAAUUGGAUCAGUUACUGGCGUCGUCGUUACCUGUGUUAUUUGUGUGGUACUAUUGGUGAACCGUCGAUAUAUAGGAUCAAAAUUAGCAAAGUUCUGUCAACCUCGGAAACAAAAUGAAAUGCAGAGUCAGAGCGGAAAUUAUUGUGGUGACAGUAACCCAUCUACAGAAUUGCAGCAGCUUGUACAACCAUCCGACCAGGAACAAAGACAGGUUGAUUCUGAUUGUGUAGUGGAGAGCAAUCCAACUGGAACAAAUGGGUGUGCUGCGCAACAAACAAAUGUGGCAACACACGAAAAGGUUGACAACGCAAAUGGAACAACUGCUUCAGUCAAAAAUGGCGUUGGUGGUGAAAAUAAGAAACAAUCUUUACUCGAAAGCGAUGAAGAAUGUUUUGCCAUAGGUGAAGGACCAGCUGGAUCAACUAGAAACGCUGAAGAUGAACUAUUGAAUUCAACACUCGAGUCACUCGAAAUAAGUGCCGUUGCAUAUUCGCAAGAUGACAACGAGCUAGGAAGUGAUCAACUUGACGAUACAAUUUUGGAAAACGAAAAGAUGGUUGACUAUCAAAAGGUGCUUGAUCAGUGUGGUUAUACAGAGUUAAUGAACAUGCUUGAUGAAAACAACAACAAGUGGAGAGAUAUCAAAAUUAGCAUUGCCAUAACUGGUCAAUCGGGAAGUGGAAAAUCAAGUUUUAUUAACGCAUUGCGAGGUCUUAAAGACGAAGACAAAGAUGCUGCCGAGACUGGCUGUGUCGAAACCACUAUAUACCCAAAACCUUAUCCGCACCCUGACAACAAAAAUCUUGUUUUGUGGGAUUUGCCCGGAGUUGGAACCAGAAACAAUCCGCAGGAAACGUAUCUGCAAACGGUAAACUUCAAAAAGUAUGACUUCAUCAUUCUAGUAUCUUCAAACCGUUUCACUGAACACGAUACCUAUUUGGCAAAACAUAUACAAUUUAAAUUUGAUGACCCACACUUGUUUUUUGUUCGGUCAAAAAUUGAUGUUGAUUUAGAAAACAAACAGAAAGGGAGAAGGAUACCGAUGACAGAAAAGUCACGGCAAGAAACAUUGGAUGAAAUUAAAAAGAACUGCGAUGAGAACCUGAUGAAAGAUAAAAUACAAAGCCCGCUUGUUUUUAUGAUAAAUAACCAUGAUACGCACACUUUCGACUUUAAAACGCUUGCAAAUACUCUAGUUGAUAAAGUGAAGGAAUUGAAAAGAGAUGCACUUGUACUUUCAAUUGCACCAUUUACGGAAAAGAUUGUAGAUGCGAAGGUCGAUGCUUUAAAUCGACGACUCAACGAUGUAGCAGGGUGUGCGGCUGUGGCAGCUUUGCAUUCAAAACGAGAAGAGGGUGAACGGUUAGAAAUUGACAUUUUAAAGAAGGAAAUGCUAAUGUACAAAAGACAACUCGGGAUCGAUACGCAUUCUCUGAACGUUGUUGCAGGCAAGUUCAAGAAAGAUAUUCAAGAGAUUUACAUUGCAUUAAAUUCUGAAACGCAUGCAAUAUUGCGAAAGUUUGAUGACUAUUGUGCAAGGGCCGACAAAGUCGUUCCAUCUGAAUUGCAUGGUUUACAAGUUUUAAAAAAUAAUGAGAAACUAUACGAGAGAUAUCAGAGACAAUGGUCUUCUGUUCUGAAAAAAAUCUUACAUCUAUGCAUUAAAGAGAACAUAACCCUUCAAAGAAAAAUAGUGGAAUGGUCGCACACUUAACCCUUGACUCGUUAUAUCGUACGCAAUUAGAAAUAUUUAAUUUAUCAAAGGUAUCAACUGUAUAGAAAUUAAAAAUGACGAAGGGUAUCAGAAAAACAGUUAAUUACUGAAAACGUAAGAUUCCAUAAGUUUAAAGUUUGUUAAAUACGGGUGUAAACUGUCCAAUUUAGGAGUUGGAAGUUCAAACAGAAAAAAAUAUUUGAUUACAAUAAAAAAAAGUAUCCAUGAUCAACAACGUAUUUUAUUAAAGAGCAUGUGACUUCUAGUUGUUUAGGUGUACGUCUGCAAUUAGGCGCCUUUACAAUAUGAAGCUUUCUGCAAUCUUGCAUAUAUUUUCGCACAAAAAUAUGUAUUGCUAUUUGACAGCAGCUCCCUGCGGUAAAUGUGAACCUUAUCAUGUGUUUGCGUGUUGACUCUAAAUAACAAUGCAAUAAAUUGUACAAAAUAUGUAUUGCUAUUCAUAACUUUUCAAGAGUGAGUUUAGGCAUGUGAUAUGCUACGAUAUUGCUCAAUUUCGUUUAGAGAAGUGAUUGAUGUUGCAUGUUGCGCUGUGACACCACAAUGGUAACAUUCUCUAAAAUAUCAAAAUACAAUCUCCAAAUUGAUUUCAUAACACCAUAAUUUGAUAAUACUUGUAUUUCCUUCAUUUAAAACGACAUCAGAAAUGUUGUUAUUCUGUGACCCUAUUGCAUAUUAAACAAUUGUGUUAUUAAAAUGCAAUUAAAUCGAAUUUAAUUUCUUUUAUUUGCUUGUUAGUGUUAAUAAGCAUGUAAGGUUAUUUUGUAUUUGAACGUGUAUGUUGUUGAUUGUAUCCUGGUUAAAUUCGAGGUUCGACACGUCAUUCAAGCGGUUGAUACAAUCGAAAAUUGUAUAUAAUGCGUAUUCAAUUUGACGGUUAUGACCGCAUGCAUCGAGAUUAAGAGGUUAUGAACACUGUUCUUUGAAAAUCAAUAAAAGUGUCUACAUUUCAAAGUUUACCCAAAUGAGCUAGUACAUAUUAUUGCAUAAAAAGCACCACUGUUAAAUUUGGUGAAAUAAAUGCAUGACUUCAAACAGAAGCUGUUUUGUUCUUUGCAACAACUUGUUCUUUCGUAUUUUGAAUAGUAUGCAUAGCAACUUUAACAUGAAAAUAUUUCAUUUAUAAAUUUUGGUUUAACAUGUGGAUGUGUUUUCUGUAAAUAGUUUUUUAUCGGUCAAAAAUGACAUUGUGCAAAUAAUUUAGCUCUGUAUUAAGUGUCUUUUUUAAUGAACGACGCUUUGUAUAAGUAUGGAUUUAUGUUUAUUUUUGAUAAAAUCUAAUACAAAUAUGCAAUCCGUUUACUAUGAAAUGUAAAGAUUAAAGACAUAAUACGUUUCAUUAUAAAUCGGUAUUAGCAAUAUCACUGAUGACGCCGGAAACUAAAAAAAAAUAUUAUUGUGAAUGGUGCCCUUACAUGUUUUGUCAUAGCAACGCAAAACGAAGAAAUGGAACAGUCUUGUGUACAUCAUACAAUUAACAGUAGUUGUAUAAAGUAACAUAACAUAAUAUUUAAAUAAUAAAAAGUUUAUUUCGGUCAGUAAUGCUUGGUUGCUGUUGAACAUUUUUGAUUAAGUUGGUUUUUGUUAUGUUGUUUUUUAAAUAAAAUAUGUAUAUUUUUGUAAUAAAUAUGUAUCGCACGAACUUAUAUAUGACUGAUAAAUCUUCUGUUAAUGAACACAGCUUCCAUACAUAAUUUUGACUGUCUCGAUUUCGUAUGCAAUGUAAUGCCGAAAUUCAAAAAUGUGUGUUUCUUAUAAAUGAAAGUGACAAUGACUCGGUACAUCAAGUGGUCAGAACGAGAACCAAAUUGGUUUAUGUCUGCGUUAAAAGUUUUGUUUGAUGUCUUACUCAUUACGAACAGUUAGGCAGAAAUUGUUGUCCGUUUUGAAAUUGUUUUGUGUUGUAUGUGUACAGGAUUGAACUAAAUGUGAAUGUUAAUAAACCAAUACUUUUUAA